AAUUGUAGAAAUGUGGUAACAUGGGGCCUAAUUUUGGAUAAAAUCGUAGAAAUUUGUGAACAUAGAGCCUAAUUUUGGAUAAAAUCGUAGAAAUUUGUGAACAUAGAGCCUAAUUUUGGAUAAAAUCGUAGAAAUAUGGAAACGUAGGGCCUAAAUUGGAUAAAAUCAUAGAAAUGGUGGAACAUAAGGCCUAAUUUUGGAAAAGAAUUGUAGAAAUAUGGGAACACAGGGCCUAAUUUUGGGAAAAUAAUCGUAGAAAUGUGGAAACAUAGGGCUUAAUUUGGGAAGAAAAUCGUAGAAAUGUGGGAACACAGCUUCGAAUAAAAAAAAAAAGGUUGAAAUGUUGGAACACAAGCACGCUCCCGCAUUUCAGACGCCUUCAUGGAACUGUUAUUGUUUUCAAGAUCUAAAUCAGCUGCAGAUCUGAUAGCCACGGUAUUAAAAAUAACAUCUAGUUUGCAUUUCCAACCACAACCACGUCGUCAUAACUUCCCCUCAGAUACAAGUGAGACGGUAAUUUAGUCAUAUGUCACUUAACGGGGUCGGCCGGCUGCAGACAUGUCGCUCUAUCUCUUCCUCCUCUUCCUCCUCCUCCUCGCUGGAAGCUUCUGUGUCAGCUUGAACGACAUACCUACAGUUAAAGUGCAGCAGAACACAGUGGCUACUCUCCCCUGUCCUCAUAAGAAGGGGGAUGUAACAUGGAGCCGCUACAGACACGGCAACCCUCUGAUUCUGGUUACUAUCAAAAAUGGCGAGGAGAAAAGAUCUGACAAACGCUACGGUUCUCUGGCAGACAACUCCCUGGUGAUAUCACAUGUUAUGCCAUUGGAUACGACAAUGUAUUUUUGUAAUAAAACACGAGUAUUUCUGGAAGUGAUAACUCCUCCCAACCGGGGGGCCACAAGCACUGGAAAUGUACCAGUCGCACCUUGUCUUACAGAGAACCAACAACCCUCAGGCUUUUGGAAAAUGUCUGUCGGUGUAAUGGUUGGUGUAGUUGUCGGUGCUGUGUUGGUGCUUUUGGUGAUCUUUACUCUGAGAUUCUUCUUAAAAAAGAGAACGGAGAGAAGCACUCGCAACGACAACUCGGACACACCUGUAACCGACGAGCCCAUUUAUGAGGAGAUGAACAGGGGGCAGCCAAGAUGGAGGGACUCUUAUUUUGAAAGUCCAUCCUACUGGACGAUCAUCAGUGAACCGCCGAGCACCUCCACGCCCCCCAGUAAUAAUCUGUACAGCGCUGUUACCAAGCCAACAGGCUGCCCCUCCGCUCAGUAA